UUUUAUGUUGUAAGAAUUUCUAUUUUGCCGUCCUCGGAUUCUCAUCCGUCAACUUUGGUUUUUUUCCAUCGAAGUUGAGCGCUGGAGACCUUAGCUAAAUGUGACAACUACUUGUUUCUGAAAGGAAAGUACUUCCUUUCUAGUCGGAGAUCAAUCAUCCAGCAUCGAUUUUGCGAAGUCGUCUUCGAGAAGCUUAUUUUUACCGGAAUAAACCCAACCAUUAAGAAUGUUCCGAUAUUUGAGAUGAAGUCGUGCGGAUUAAUGCACAAUAUCUUAUCCCGGGGUGAUGAUGGUGCUUUGGUAUAUCUUGCGUGCUCACUAGCUGCAUGAACGCAAUUGGUCGAUCCCACCCAGUUUGUGUAUCACGAAGAAUAAAAAAUGUUAUCAACCAAUAAUCACUCAAGAGUGAGCCAUCUAUCACGGUACUCAUUUAUCUAAAUUUGCAUGGUAAGUGAUGGUGCCCAUUGCGAUUGAUGAUAACAUGUGCGUCAAUUUUCACAUCACCCAUGCUUGUGGAGACUAGAUCUGGCCCGCAUAUAUUCGACAAUGGUACUCAUAUAUACUAUAUAUCCAAGUCUAUCCCGAACUCUACAGGUGACUGCUAAGCAAUUUCAACUCUCAACAUGGCCGUACAACUUCUUACCCAAGCCGACGGCUAUGGCAUCAUUGUGGGAUUAUCAAUCCUUUUCUGUCUCAUCAUCCUCGCAGCCGUUCGCAUCCAAAAAAGAUAUCUCUCCGAAGACAGCGAUCAAUCCGAAAUGUUCAUGGUAGCAAAUCGUUCUGUCGGCACCGGACUCACUGCAUCCGCUGUCUUCUCAAGCUGGAUGUGGAUCAACGAGAGUGUUUUCUCAGCAGCCUACACGUACAAGUGGGGCAUUGCCCUCCCCAUCUGGUGGGCCAGCGGUCUCUCCUUCCAAAUCGCACUCAUGGCUGUGCUGGGUAUUGUAGCGAAAUUGAGGGUUCCGUAUGCACAUACCUCGCUUGAAUUUAUUCGGAUGAGAUAUGGAAACUAUGCGCAUUGGAUUUUUAUUGUGCUGAAUCUUAUCAAUAAUAUUUUUGGCUGUGGCAGUAUGAUUCUGGCGGGGGCGCAGUUGGUUACGGGUAUGACGGGUAUGCAUGUUGUGGCGGCAUGUGUGUUGAUUCCGGCUGGUGUUGUCAUCUAUACGGCUGUGGGAGGGUUGAAAGCGACGUUCUUGACAGACUUUUUACAUACUACCGUUGCUCUGGUACUCUUGAUCUACUUCUCGCUUGCGGUUCUGAGCAAUGAGCAUAUUGGGGGUAUAUCAGGACUCUAUGAGAAAGUCAAAGCUACAGAUGACUAUAUCCCCGGCAACUAUGAAGGAUCACUUCUAACGAUGAAGUCCAAGAGCGCCGUCUUAUUUGGUCUCGUCCUAAAAUUCGGCAAUCUUGCCCUUGUCCUCAUGGACACCGCAUUCUGGCAAAAAUCCUUCGCAUCUGAAGUCCACUCGACAGUUCCAGCAUACGAUCUUGUAUCAAUCGUUAUUAUCGCAAUCCCGUGGUGUACAGGAACCAUUAUUGGUCUUAGCGCCCGCGCAAUUGAAAAAACUCCCAUCUGGUUCGACUAUCCUAACACUCUAACCAUCACCCAAGUAAAUUCCGGAAUGGUAAUGCCAUACGUCCUUCGCUCCUUGUUAGGUAAAGGCGCAACCACAGGUCUACUAGUUCUUGUAUUCAUGGCCAUCACAAGUACAGUUUCUUCAUCCAUGAUCGCAGUUAGCAGUAUCAUCUCUCUCGAUUUUUUCCGCACCUAUAUCAAUCCCGCGGCCUCAGAUCGCAAAACCCUCAAAGUCAGUCAUUGGGGCGUCGUAUUUCACGGCUGUUUCAUGGCUGGUUUCGCAAUCAUGCUCGAAUAUGCAGGAGCGACAAAUAACUGGUCAACGUAUUUCCGUCCCAUCAUCGCUUGUCCGGGUAUCCUCCCCAUGAUUUUCACACUUCUCUGGUCGCGACAAACAAAGCUAGCAGCUAUACUAGCACCGAUUUUGGGUUUGAUGUCGGGUGUAGCUACUUGGCUCAGUCUCUCCUGGUAUUGGUCUGGUGCCUUGAAUAUCCAAACGACGCAGGUACAGAUCCCAGGGCUGUAUGGAGCUAUCGUUUCAUUUUUCUCACCGGGUAUAUACUCGGUUGUGAUUUCGUUGAUUUGGCCGAGCAAAUUUGAUUGGCGCGAGUUCUUGAGAAUUGGACUCAUUGAGGACAAAAGCCAAGCAAACAGCUCAUUGACAUCUAAAAUCCCCAGUAAUGAAGCUGUUAACCAAGUCGCUCAUGCGGGAGAUGAAUCGAAGAAAGAAUCUUACACCACCAGCGGAGAUGAAGCCGGUCCUACUUCUCCUCCUUCUAUAAUACCAAACUCCCAGCUUCCCCUUGAUGAUGUGGUCCACCCAUUCGGAGACGAAAUAAUCAAACACAUCAAUAAAUGGCUGAAAAUUGCUAGUAUAUUCUUUGUUGUUAAUGUAUUGGUUACGAUUGUGCUGUGGCCGAUACCACUCUACCGUGAUUGGAUCUUUACGAAGAGUUUCUUUAGCGGAUGGAUUGUGAUGGCGAUUGUGUGGCAUUUCUUUGCGAUUUUGGCGGUGGUUGUAUAUCCAAUUUGGGAUGGGAUGAUUGAGAUUGUGAGGGUGGCAAAGGGGAUGAAGGGUGAGUGGAAAAGAUAGGAGUAGAGGAGAGGAGAUACGUGGAUGAGGAUGGUUGAUACCUGGGCCAUAAAUAAUAGAUACAUGGUUUUUGUUAUUAUGAAUUGGACGACAUUUAGAAUUGGAUCUCGAAAUAUUUCAAUUGGAUAUUGCACAAUCUGUUUUCAAGGACUCGCAACU